UUGGCGAAAUUACUGCGAAAGAAUUGAAAUGUACUUUGUAGUUAAUGACGUGAAGGAGGUUUUAAAAGUGCCGACAUUAAUCGCGUGUGUGGGUGAAGCGACUUACGAGCUAAUGGUGAACUUGUGCAGCCCGAAUAAACCGAAAGAUAAGAGUUUUAGUGAAUUAAUUAAACUCGUCGGGGAUCACCUGCAACCUAAACCUUCAAUUUUAGCCGAACGAUUUAGGUUUAGGCAGUGUCGGCAGGCGUGUGACGUAACAGUGUCAUCGUAUGUGGCGGUUUUAAAGAAAAUGGCGAUGAAUUGUGAUUUCGGUACCACUUUAGACGAUAAUCUACGGGAUCAAUUCGUGUGCGGGAUAAAUAGUGACACUAUACGGCAACGGUUAUUUGCGGAAGACGGUAUAAGUUUUUCGAAAGCAGUGCAGCUAGCGAACACAAUAGAGGCGGCCAACAGAGAUGCGCACGCGGUCGAGGCGGCGCAACGGCCAUCGGCUGACGUGCACCGGGUGCAGGCGGCGGGGUGUGCAGCCUGCGGAGACACGCGCCAUCGCUGGGCCGAGUGUCGGUUCCGCUUGUUCGAGUGCAGCAAGUGUCGGAGGACCGGCCACCUGAGGAGAAUGUGUCCCGACAAGGCAGCCGCGGGCGCGAGCAUGGCGCGGGGCGGCAGCGCAAGACAGCCGGAGCCGGCACAGCCACCGGCGGCAGGCGGCAGCAGGGGCGGGUGGCGCGGCCGCGGCUCCUGGCGAGGCCCGCGGGGCGGCGGCGGCGCGGGGCGGCGGCGCGGGGGGCGCUGGCACCAGCCCACCCACCACCUGCGGGACGAGGACCCGGCGGCGGCGGAGGACCGCGCCCAGGACGGGGAGCAAGAGGACGACGAACCCGUGUAUCAAAUGUCACUGAGGAACUAUCAGCCGAUAUAAUGAAUUAUUCGAAGGGGGACUAGGGCGUUUCACGGGCGGGGCGGCACACUUGGUGGUGAAGGCGGGCGCGACGCCGGUGUUCUGCCGCGCGCGGCCGCUGCCGUACGCGCUGCGGGCGCGCGUGGACGCCGAGCUCGACGCCAUGCUGGCCAGCGGGGUCAUCGAACCCGUCGAGUCGUCGGACUGGGCCACCCCGCUGGUGAUAGCCAACAAGCCGGAUGGCUCCUUGAGAAUAUGUGCGGAUUACAAGGUGACCCUUAACCCUUACUUAGCUGUCGAUAAAUAUCCUGUGCCAAAAAUAGAAGAUCUAUUCACGAAUCUAAAUGGCAGUAGUCUGUACAGCCGGAUUGAUUUAUCACAAGCAUAUAACCAAGUUGAAUUAAACGAUCCGCAAAAAUACACAGUUAUUAAUACACAUCGUGGGUUAUUUAAGUACAAUCGUUUGGUCUAUGGUCUGGCAUCUAGUCCCGGAAUAUUUCAACGAUUAAUGAUAAAUUUAUUUAAGGAUAUACCUAAUGUAGUGAUAUUCUUGGACGACAUAUUAAUAGCAAGUUCGACAUUAGAAUCUCACAUCGAAACAUUGUAUAAAGUUUUAGAUCGCAUUAGAGAUUACGGUUUGAAGAUAAAAAAACAAAAGUGCGUAUUCUUUACGAAUGAAAUUAAGUUCCUGGGAUAUAUAAUCGAUAAAAAUGGUAUUCGAGUGGACCCGGAGAAGGUUAGGUCGAUCCUGGAAAUGAGGGCCCCAAAGGAUUUGUAUGAACUUAGGUCAUUUUUGGGAAUGGUCAAUUUCUACGGGAAAUUUAUUAAGAAUUUAAGUUUUAUCUUAGCUCCUCUAUAUGAGUUACUUAAGAAAAAUAAUUCUUGGAUAUGGGGCAGGAAACAAACGGAAGCGUUCGUAACAAUCAAAAACCUUCUGUCUAGUACAGGUGUGUUAGCGCACUACGACCCCUCGCAGGAGGCGGUGGUGACGUGCGACGCGAGUGCGCACGGGCUGGGGGUCGUGCUGGCGCAACGCGACGCGGCCGGCGCCGAGCGAGCCGUCAUCUAUGUGUCGCGCGCACUCACGCCCGCUGAAAUCAAUUAUAGCCAAAUACACAAGGAAGCGUUAGCUAUUGUGUUUGCAGUUACGAAAUUACAUCAAUAUUUAUAUGGGCGUCAUUUCACAUUGAGAACUGAUCAUAAGCCUCUUGUGAGCAUUUUCGGCCCCGGGAAGGGUAUUCCAAGUAUGACUGCCAGUAGGUUACAAAGAUGGGCAUUAACGUUAUCAGCGUACGAUUUUAACAUAGAAUAUGUCAGUACAGAUAAAAAUACGGCGGAUUGUUUAUCGAGAAUGAUCUCGGCACACAAAAGUGAUAGCGUCAAGUUAGGUGAACAACCGGAGCAGACCUAUUUACACUUUGCGUCCGAUGCGCUAUUAUUAGAUUAUAAUGACCUUAAAAAAAUUACUCAACGGGACCCAUUGUUAAGUCGGGUAAUUAGUUAUGUAAAAGACGGUUGGCCAAAAGAAACGGAAAUAAAAGAAUUAAAACCAUUUUUCAAUCGGAAAAACGAGAUUUAUAUAGAAUUAGGAUGUCUGAUGUGGGGUCACAGAGUCAUAAUUCCAUCAGAAUGCCGUUCUAAAGUAUUGAAAGAAUUACAUGACUCACACAUGGGGGUAACAAAAACAAAAGCAAUUAGUCGAAGUUAUGUCUGGUGGCCGGGGAUAGACGAAGCGAUAGCAGAAACGUGUGCGCGAUGUGCGGUGUGCGCCGCCGUGGCCGACGCGCCGCCGGCCCACGCGCCGCGCGCCUGGCCGUGGCCGGACAGGCCCUGGACCCGCCUGCAUCUAGACUUCAUGGGACCCAUUGCAGGGCACACCUAUCUAGUCUUAGUUGACUCUUGUACAAAAUGGAUAGAAGUAAUUAAAAUGGUUUCGACGUCAGCAAAACAAGUUAUAAUUAAAUUAAGAGAAAUUUUUGCUACUUUUGGCCUGCCAAAACAGGUGGUAAGCGACAACGGCCCGCCCUUCACCAGCAUGGAAUUCAAAGAUUUUUUGUCAAGUAACGGAAUUACGCAAACCUUUUCGGCUCCUUAUCACCCGGCAUCAAACGGAUUAGCCGAAAAUGCCGUACGUACUUGUAAAAAAGUUAUAAAGAAAGCUUUAUUAGAAAAAGUUGACCCUGAAAUUGCCUUAUGUAGAUUUUUAUUGUUAUAUCGGAAUACAGAACACUGUACCACUGGGGAAAGUCCCGCUCAGCUGUUGCAAGGUCGUACAUUGCGGACCAGGCUUGACAAGCUAAAGCCAGAUAGGGAGCAGCACGUACAAGCGGCACAACAGCGCCAGCUGGCGGCGGCGGGCGGCGGGCGGCGAGCCGUGGCGCCGGGCCAGGCCGUGUGGUGCCGCGACUACCGCGCCACGCAGGGCACGCGCUGGAGCCCCGGGGUUGUCGUCGAUAGGCUUGGUACUACGGACUACAAUGUCAGACUGGUAGAUGGAACGGUAAUACAUAGACAUAUAGACCAAUUAAAAAUCCGACCAGUAGGAGAGGAAGAACCCUCAGACAAUACAGCAUCACCUUACUUAGCCAAUACAGUGGUAUCUCCGCUCAUAUUCCCAAGUGAGUCACCGGGGGUAAGCGCAGACUCGGGUCCGCCGGGGGGGUCGCGGCGCGCGAGCGAGGGCGAGGGGCGGGGGUCGCCGGCCGCGCCUGCACCACAGCAAAGCCAAGCUCCCGCGCCCGUGGAGCGUCGUUACCCAUUAAGAGACCGUAGGCCUCCUGUUCGUCUCGGCAUAGAUAUAGACGAUUUAUUUUGUAUAGCAUAGUUAAAUGUAAGCAGCUCUGUUAUUAAUUAUUAAGGUCUAAUCACUGUCUGUCUCGAUAU